CUGUGGGUUGAACGUGCUGAGGGCCGUGCGAGGGGAGGAGAGAUGCUCUGUCACAGACUCUGGAGCUACAAUAAUGUUUGUGGAGCUGCUUGUGGUUGUGGUCUGAGCACAGACCAGCGCGCGACCAGAGGCGCGACCAGAGGCGCGACCAGAGAGGACCAGCUCGGGACCAGGAGCAUCAUGGGACCCUCUGCGUGAAGCCCCUCGGACAGUAGGACAUGGCUCUUUUCCUCGGCGCGUUGCUGCUGCUCUACACCGGGUUCACGCGGUGCGUGGAGCAGGACACAUGCACACCUGUGCGCGUGGACCCUCUGGAGUUUGAGCAUCUGCGGCGCGUGGACGCACAGCAGGUGCUUUUAAAACUGCGUGCGUUUAAUCAGGACUUUUACCUGGAUCUUGAACCGGACUCCAGUUUUAUGACACCGGAGAGUGGCGCAGACUUUGCGCAUUGCUUUUACUCUGGACGCGUAAACGCAGACAGGGAUUCUUUUGCCGCACUGAGCUUCUGCGGGGCGCUGCGGGGGAGCUUCUCUGUCGGCGGGAUGGAGUAUUUCAUUAGUCGAUCCUCGGCUCCUGGACCUGAGGCGGGACUUGGGACACACAUCAUCCAGCGCCGCGCGCGCGCUGCGCUCCCAGGGGAGAACCUGAGCAGGUGUGGAGUUCAGCCACAAUCUCACAUAAACGUGUCUUUAGACAAAUACAAACACCUGAGUGACGUGGAGCAGGUCAGUGAGCGGCUGCUGAGGAUGGGGCGGAAUAAACGCUUCGCCUCAGUCCCGCGGUACGUGGAGGUUCUGGUCGUGGCGGAUGAGUCCAUGGUGUCAUUCCACGGGGACGACCUCAAACAUUACGUCCUCACUCUGAUGUCUGUGGCGGCCCGUCUGUACAAACACCCCAGCAUCCUCAACUCUAUUAACCUGGUGGUGGUGGGAUUCACUGUUCUGGGGGACACCGACAAAGGGCCCAAAGUCUCAAGCAACGCGGCCCUGACUCUGAGGAACUUCUGCUCCUGGCAGAAGAAGCUCAACAAGCACAGCGACAAGCACCCGGAGUACUGGGACACAGCCAUACUCUUUACCAAGCAGGACUUGUGUGGAGCCACUACCUGUGACACUUUGGGGAUGGCUGAUGUUGGGACCAUGUGUGACCCUAAGAGGAGCUGCUCUGUCAUAGAGGACGACGGUCUGCCCUCAGCCUUCACCACUGCUCAUGAGCUGGGUCACGUGUUCAACAUGCCCCACGACAACGUGAAAGCGUGCGAGGAGGUGUUCGGUAAACUGAAGGACAACCACAUGAUGUCUCCAACCCUGAUUCAGAUCGACAGGACUCGGCCCUGGUCCGUGUGCAGCGCCGCCAUCAUCACCGAGUUCCUAGACAGAGGUCACGGUGACUGUCUGCUGGACCAGCCCCAGAGGCAGCUCUCUCUCCCCGAUAACCUCCCCGGUGCCACCUAUAGCCUCCAUCGUCAGUGCGAGCUCGCCUUCGGGCCCGGGUCCAAGCCGUGCCCGUACAUGCACCCCUGCUCCAAACUGUGGUGCACGGGGAAGGCGCGCGGGCAGCUGGUGUGCCAAACCAGACACUUCCCCUGGGCAGACGGUACCAGCUGUGGCACCGGAAAGAUCUGUUACAGAGGGACCUGCGGGGAAAAGAACAACACUAUGCACAUCAAGGUGGAUGGACAAUGGGGGAAGUGGGGUCCUUUUGGAGAUUGUUCUCGAACUUGCGGUGGAGGUGUUCAACUGGCCAAACGUGAGUGCAACAACCCGGUCCCUGAAAACGGAGGAAAAUACUGCUAUGGUCUGAGGAUCAAGUAUCGCUCCUGCAACUUCCGUUCAUGUCCUGACUCAGGCAAGAGUUUCCGCGAGGAGCAGUGUGAAGUGUUCAACGGCUUAAAUCUGAGCUCUAACAGACUGGGCUCCGCCGUGGUGUGGGUUCCCAAAUACUCUGGCGUCUCUCCCAAGGACAAAUGUAAGCUCAUCUGCCGCGCAAAUGGGACUGGAUACUUCUACGUCCUGGCUCCGAAGGUGGUGGAUGGAACCCCGUGCUCGCCUGACACCACAGCUGUGUGCGUCCAGGGGAGAUGUAUCAAGGCCGGAUGUGAUGGGAGACUGGACUCCAAUAAGAAGUUUGACAAGUGUGGAGUGUGUGGAGGGGACAACCAGGGCUGCAAGAAGGUCUCAGGAAUGUUCACUAAACCUGCUCACGGCUAUAACUUCGUGGUGAUGCUUCCCGUGGGAGCUGCCAACAUCGAUGUGCGUCAGCGUGGAUACCGGGGCCUGGUCAGUGAUGAGAACUAUCUGGCCGUGAAGAACCGCCAGGGCCAGUACCUGCUCAACGGGAACUAUGUGGUGUCAGCUGUGGAGAGGGACCUCCUGGUGAAGGGCAGUCUGCUGCGCUACAGCGGCACAUCCACCUCAGUGGAGAUACUUCAGGCCGUCAGACCUCUGCAGGAGGCCAUCACCGUGGAGGUCCUCUCUGUGGGCAAGAUGACCCCGCCCCGAGUCAGGUACUCCUACUACAUCUCCAAGGAGAGCAAGGAGGACAAGACUCUGCGCAAAGAGGAGAAGAGUCACACGUCACACAACAGUGUCCUGGACAAUAACAAGGUGGAGGCAAAGAAACACGUCCUGGAUAAAACUCCCAUGAGCCACUGGGUGUCAGGGAGCUGGGACAAGUGCUCGGUGUCAUGUGGGACGGGUCUGCAGAAACGCCUGGUGCAGUGUCAGAGCAUAGAGGGUCGCCCUGCAGCAGACUGCCACAGCACAGAGCGCCCUCUAGCUGUGAGGGCCUGUGGGGACCCCUGUCCUAUGUGGGACAUGGGGCCAUGGUCUGCCUGUUCUAAGACCUGUGGCAGAGGGUUUAAGAGGCGCUCUGCCCGCUGCAUCACAGAGAACGGCCUGAACUUACCCAGAGAGCACUGCACCGGGCGGAGGAAGCCUCAGGAACUGGACCUGUGUAACAUGAAGCCUUGUUAGACUAAACACAUCAUAAACUGAUCAUAUGUGCAGGAUAUUACAGACAGAUGUGAUGUCCGCCUUCUGCUGCCCAGACGCACUGAGGCUCAGAGACAGACAGAGAGGAGCAUCAUGGGAGCUCUGCCUCCAAACUGUCAAACCAGGUUCGACUCAUGGUCGGUCUACCUCCGUCUGCACAGACAAUACAGCGUAUAUGAGUCUGAACUAAAAUGCCCCACAGCAGAGAGUCUGAUCCAGGCCUGGGAGUGUCCCAUUUCAGUGAAAUGAGACACUGAACUGUAUCUGCACAAAGAGCUGACACAUUUAUUUAGACCUGAAGUAUAAACUAAUAGAUGCCAUUCACAGCUAUGUAAUAUUAAUCCAUAUCAUUACCCUCUGAAGAGGGGAGACUUUCUAAAUAGUUUUAAUAUUGGCUCACAUUACCCUCCACUAUAACAGAAAAUGUGCUGUUACCUUUGACCUUCCUGCAUGCUGCACAUUCACUGUAGGCUUGAACACAGCAAGGGUUUAAAUGUAACAGACUUAAGCUUAGACUUUAAUUAUCUGUUUAAUUCACAGUAAUGAAGUAAAACACAACUCAAACAUUUAAUUACUGCCCAGGUGCUGUCUCAAUUUCGGGACCAGGCUGCUCUUGACUGUAAGAUACAUCAGCAGCAGAAUAAUACUGUAUACAUUACAUCAACAUUUCCUUACACAUUAUGAAGAAUAACAUUUCAAUAUGAUAUUUGUUCAUAUGCUGCAAACACAUUGUUUUGGUUUAGAGGGACCAUACAUAUAUGCCACUUAAAGAUGGUAGUGUAUCAUGUACAGAUGUUGUUUUAUCAGUUGUCAUUUGUAUACUGUGUAUACAUCCAAUUAGCUGUAAUAAAGUAUAAUAUACAUGA